AUGGAGCAUAGGAAAAUUGAAAGUGAUAUUGAAGGGCUCGUCAAAAAAUACAACUUGGAUUCUGACCCAUUUGCUGGGUAUAGCUUUAAAGCGAGUCCGAAUAGAGAAUAUGAGCUGCAGAAGCAGGAAGAAAGCUUUAAGCUGUCGAGGAGCAGCCCACUUAUGCCGUCACAUUUGAUAUAUGAGUCUCCACAGUAUAGUAAAACUCCUGAAUUGUAUGAGCAACAAAAAGAAUCAAUGAAUUCUAACUCUUUAUAGUAAAUUAAGCCAAAAUUUUGCUACUAAAGCAAAAAUUAAUUAAAAAAAAUUAAUAUAUUAUUAAUUUUUAGUAAGGCAAUUGCCUCUGCUAUGAAGGCACUCCAAGACAGGCUAAAAUCAGUCGAAAACGCAAAAAAUCAACUUCAAGCUGAUAUGGAUACAUUAGAAAAGAAAAACUAUGAAGACAAACAAAAGCUAAGCAGUGAGCUUAAAAGGGCUGUAUACAAUGAAAAAGAUCUUGAAAAGAAAUGCUACGAAUGUGACCAAGUUUUAAAAGCGAAAAAUGCAUUAAUAAUUAAAUUAGAAGACCAAGUAGGAUUUUUAAACACUCAAUGUGAGUUUAUAGAAAAAGAAAAUAAAAGAGUUCAGGCCCAAUAUAAAAUUGAUAAAGAAAACUGGGCAUUACAAGCCGAACACUUUAAAAAACUGCUAAAUUCCAAAAAUAAUUCUGAAGAGUCAUCACUAGAAGCAUUAUCAGCUGAAAAAGCAAAAAAUCGAAAUUUAGAAGGAAAAAUCCUAGAAAAAGACAUAAUGAUUGACUCUUUAAAUGAAGAAAUUUAUGAGCUUCAGCAGAAUUUAGAUAGCCAAAAAGAAAUAAAUAAGAAAAACACUGACCGCUUAGAAGAAGAAUUAAGAAAAACUAAGCUUGAAUUAAAUGACAAAGAAAGAAGACUAGAAGAGGCAAAUAGAAAUUAUCAAGAAAUGAUAACAAAAAAGGAAACUGAAAUAAGAGAGUUGAGGCUGCAUAUCUCUGAGCUUAAUAAGAUGAACAAUUUAAAUGAAGAAGCCAGAAACGCACUUAAAAGAGAACAUAUAGAAACUAGACAUUAUGUAAAAGAUAUCACUGAAAUUAAUGAGCAGCUUGUUGACUCUUUAAAGCGUGAAAAUCAGGUUAAAUUUUUAUUGAAUAAUUCUAUGAGAGAAAGAUCAUUGUCGUCUAAAAGCUCAAAAAAACGUAUCUUAUUUAUUUUAAUUAUAAAUAUAAUAAAUUUAUUCAUGAAAAGAAUUUUAUUUAUAAAUAAAAAGCAUAAAAAAUUCGCUAUGAGCUUAAAAAAGCCAUCUUUUAAAAAAAUCCCUAAAACAAGCAAACAUAAGCGAGAAGUUUCAGAAGGAUCAAGCUCAGAAAGAAGCUCAAAAGGAUUUACGCCAAGGAGGCAUGUAAAGUCUCCAUCGUAUUUAGAUAGUAAUAAAAAUAAAGAAAGAGAACUAGAGUUCCGAAUAAGGAUCCCCCCCUCGUUUGUCCAAUUGUCUAGUCUUUUAUCAUUUGCCCAUUUUUUUAGGACCUCAUUUGUCCAAUUUUCUAGUCAAAAUUUUGAUAGUAAAAAAAACAUAUUUUCAGGACUCAAUUGUCUCAUUUUCUAGUUUUUUUUAAAGUAAAAAAACUAAAAUUUAGGACAUUCGAAAAAAUCCAAAAAAGACUAGAAAAUGGUACGAAUCAUUUUUGACUAGAUUUUUGGGAUAAAUGAGGUCCUGAAUUUUUUUUUUAGAAAAAAAGGCUAGAAAAUUGGACAAAUGAGGUUGGGGAUCCUUACAAGAACUGGAUAGAGAAAUCUCACAAUUAAAUGGUAUGUAUAAGCAGUUACUGCUGAUGUCAGACGAUGAAAAUAGAGAUCUAGGCUCAUUAAAAGCCCAGCUGGACGAUAUUUCAGGCAAAAUGGAAGAAAAAAGCAAAAUUUUGUAUUCCUUAAAAAGAAAGCACCAAAUUAAAUUAAGAGUCUUAAAAGUCUUCGAGAUUUGAUGCCUCCGCAGGAUUUCGACCAACCCCAACCUGUUUGCCGGGAGGAAAUUCCGCUCCUUUUUGGAUCAGUGAUCUCUUCUCUAGGAGCAGGGUUUGCACUGUGAUCACCAAAAGUAUCGACUGGCUAGAAAGACACUCUGUCAGUACACAAUUGGGUACUAUGGAGGUAAAUGUUCUCUCAAUACCUCCUAUCGGCCAUCUUGGAAGAGAUAACUCCCAGGAAAAGGAAGCCACGUCCUCUAGUGCCACAAGGAAAAAACUGUGGCCCAAAAACCAUCCAGAUAACUAAUGUCUGAUUAUGGAGUCGGCACCAGCUGACUCCCAAGGUUUUACCCAUACGGCGCUCAAGGUACGCUAAGGGUUAGGAUUAAAGGGUCUGAAUUUUGGCUUAGGAUAUAAACCAACUUUUGCGACCAAGGUGGUGCAUCAUCAUCAGCAUAUUUAGUCGUCGCUCCACCAUAUUAAUUGUGAAAGCAUCAAGGAAUGCUGAGAGAAAAAAUGCUUACGUUUAACUAA